UCCGACGCUAAUGAUGUUUUUCUUCCUCGCUACGACAGAGACACUUUGUAUUUGAAGAAUCGGUCACACAUUGAGACGUUUCGUUGUGUUAUUGAAUGUUUAUGAUGCGUUUUGUAACAUCGGCUCAUCUUCUUCUUGCUAGGCUCUUUAUGCUAGCUGUAGCUGUUUUGGUUAUGCAAAACUUCGCGUCUCCAUCGAUUGGACGACAAGAAGGUUCUGCUAUGUUAUGAGAAAUAUUUCCAUAUUAUAUUUCGGGAGAUAAACGUUUACCAGCCAGACGGUCCUGCCCAGCCCGGUGUAGAAUUACAGCCUCCUCCCCUUCCCUUUUGUAACCAACAUAACCGUCCAACAGUCAGACUGCUGCUUCACAUUUUUAUUGGACCAGCUUGUUUUUGUCUCGCAGGCUGGUGAGAAAAUCACAUCCACACUUGAAUAGUUAGCCGAUUAAUCUGUUAGUCCACCGAGCUGACAACUGACUCACAGCCGUUUUAUUAGCCGGUCAUUUAUAAAGUAAAAAUGUCAAACAUCCCCUGUUUUUAGAUUUUUCCCAGUGAGGAUUUGCUCAUUUCAGGUCCUCUUGACCAUCUCAAAUUCUGACUUGGAUUUCAGACUCCGAGUGGAACUAAACAAGAAAUCUGAAGACGUCAAACUCGGAUUUAAGGGACUCCUGACUGACUUUUUUCAUUAUUUUCUGUUGUUGUUUUUUAUGUUGACUCGACAAAUUGUACAAUUCAGCAUUUAUCCCUGUUUUGUAACAUUUUAAGGGGGGUUUGGACUGUUGACUGUGGACAACACACGACACUAAACCAAUAACCAAAACCAAUAAGCACAAAGAAGCAGAAAUAAGGCCAACCUGAAGCCACUUACUGUCGUUACUGUGAUGGAUGCUGUCGUGGCUCUUCUCCGGCUGGAACAGCCAGGUCUUGUUUGCCGACUGAAAGGGCUUGUUUUGUACUUUUGCACUCCUCGAAGCGAUCCUGACGUCGAGCGAUGCCCAGCCGUUGUCUGCUGGCCCUCAGAUGAUCCAUGACCACACCUUAUUGAUGCACUUUAGCACCUUUCCGAAGCCUUCCCGCCGCUGUGAACCGUGCAGCUGAUGACCAAAGAGUGCGCCACGCCUCCCCGCCGUCGCCCCGAGCCACGCGUUCCUCAGCCCCUCCCACAGCCUCGCGCCCCCACAGGACGUCCAGGGAUGUUCCAGAGGUUCGCCAGCGCUUUGUUCGGGGACGACGUGGAGGAGCUGAGUCGAAGCAGCAGACCUGGAGACGGCAAAGAGGAGGAGGAGGAGGAGGAUGAAGACUGGAUCCUGGUUAACUACCUGGCUGAAGCCUGCGCCGGUCAGUGUGGCGACAGCCUCUCUGGAUCCACUGCUGGUCCUGAGGAGGAGGAGGAAGACCUGGUGAUGAUACCCUCCCCCAUGGCCAGCCCCCCAGUCCGCUACGCCUCCUGCACCUCCCUCAACUCCACGGCUGACACCGACCCCGAUGGCAGGGCAGAGGAGGAGGACGACGACGAGGAGGACGGAGAGGAGAGCGGCUUCCUUCGCCUGGACGUGGGGUCUCUGGAGGAGAGCUGGUUCGUCACCCCCCCGCCCUGCUUCACCGGCCGCAGCAGCCAGCCCGUCCUCCUGGAGACCAGCCCUCUGGAGAACCUGCUGAUCGAGCACCCCAGCAUGUCCGUGUACGCCCACCACAGCCCCCCCAGGCUGACCCUGGACCCGCGGCCGCACUCCCUCGACCUGGAGCUGGGCCUGUUGCCUGGAAACGUGCCCUCAGCCCCGACAGCCUCGGGCGGGAAGGACAAAGGCCGACGCCCUCUGGACGGGCCUCGUCACAGGCCGGAGGUGGCAGUUGUCCAGCGCCGCUCCAGCCUCAACUCCGCCUGCUACGCUGCAGCGCUCUCCGCCCGCGCGGGCCUCCUGCAGCAGCGGUCGGGUAACACCACCCAGUGCACCCAACCGCUGUCCCGCAACGCCCUGCGGCGCCUCAACCUGCUGCGCCCCCCGAAGACCAGCACCAUGCACCUGCACCAGCCCAGCCAGAGACACCUCAACUUCUGAGGCGUCCUGACAGCAUCAUCAUCAUCAUCAUCAUCAACAACAUCAACCUCGACCCUUUCAGCAGUAUGGGAAACAAACACUGGCCACACCUGCCUCUCUGUUUUCUUCUUCUACUAUCAGGAUGUCAGCACCAGCAGCACGUUGACCUACGUCAUCAGUUCAUCCCCGAUCUGUUCUGGAAUCAGAACAUGUGGCCAGUGGGUGAAAAGCUUUUCUCCUUCCCUCAUCCGUCCAUCCGUCCAUCCAUCCAUCCAUCCAUCCAUCCAUCCAUCCAUCCAUCCUCCGUAUUGGUUCUGUGAGGAAGAGAUGUGAAAAGAAAAGGUCAUCAUGCGUCCCCAGCCUCCUCCCGUCCUCCAUGUUUUGUUCUCCCUCCACAGGGCCAGUUUGUGGCCAAUCACAGAGAAGAAGAGGCGUCAUGGCGACGUCCUCCUCUUCUCCUUCUCUUUCUUUUUCCUUCUUCUUGUUGUCUAGGGACAGCAUAACGUGUAGAAUCAAUGCUGUAGGUCACUUUACUCGGCGGCAGGUCACGGCGUGGCGGGAUGUGGUGGUGAUGUCGCGAUGAUGUCAUGGCAGGGUUGUGCCACCUCUUUACUGUCUGGCGUGCAGCGGCACAAUGUCAUUCAGUCAGUGCAGGAACGUUGGAUUGGGUGCCCCACUGAGUCUCCCGGUGGGACUCAAAAGUUUAAAGGAAAAGUCCCCUCAAACAGCCUGACACCAUUACAAAGCGCAGUCUGUAGCUGUUGUGGUUGUGUUUUUUGGAAAAUACUGUAAAUGAAUUAUCUUGCCUUUUCUAUUCUCACUCAAAGAAAAUCCCACCACAAGACAACGAAUCAUUUAAAGGGACAUUCCUCUGAAAUAACCCGUCAAAGUGCAUUUGAAAGCGUUUCGUGGUGUCUGAUGGGAAACGUAAGAUUCAGUGUUUUUAGUUUUUCACUCAUGAAAGUGACUAAGAGUCAGGAUGUCCAGGCCUCUGGUGCUUUGCCUUUUGUCUGGGUUUUUCUUUGUGUUUGAUGACCGCAGAUCCACAAAGACGCGCUCGCGACGUGUCCUCAUGUUGUCCACGUCUGACCUGAUUUCCUCAGAUAAAAAACACACAUUUUGGUGGGAUUUUUCCUUUACUUUCCUGCCCUGAGGUUUGCUUUGUCUCUCUGAGCGUCACCGUGUUGUGUUGACCGUCCCGCCCUGCCGGUUGAACCUGCCUCUGACUUUGUAAUUCAGUACUUUUCACACUAUUAUGUGAAAUAAAAAAAAAAAAAGUUGAUAAAAAUUACUGGGUUUAAUAUCACUAAACGCCUUGUUUUAUCUGUAGCUUUGAGAUGAAUAGAAAUGUAAAACAAAAUGUAUUUAAAAAAAACUUCCAAAAUAUUUUUUGAAAAGAAAAAAACAAAUUACAUAUCAGUAUGAAGUUGGUAUAAACGCGUUUCUGGUUUCUUGCUUAGGUGUGUUUGGUGACGUUAGCGUGCGAUCUGUUGCAUGGUUGUAGAGUCGCGUCGGCGUGACGACGGUGGAAAAAAAGAAAAUGGAAAAAGAUUUUGUUAUUAUUUUUGUUUGUCUGUUUGUUCUUAAAUGAAUCUGCAGUCCAAUUCUCAGGGUCACAACCAAUCACCUUUUACUCUUUAGGGAAAUGCAGAUUUACUUGACGGCCGACGGCUCGGACUUUUCCAGCUCUGUCCUCGUGAAAAUGUUUGUGAGAAAUAACCGACUUUUAGUUUAGUUUAACCUUUGACGUUCUCAGUCGACUGUUGGAAAGAUGGAGAGAACCUGUUGGUGUUUUUCAGCGAUGUUCAUAUUUUACCUGACUUGUACUUUAUGCUUUUUAACGCUUCUGUUUUCCAUGUUAACUUAGUUACAUUUUGCUAAAGUGUAAAAUAUUUAAACCAAAAAAGUAGCAACGAUCUUUCACUAGUUUCUGAUACUGAUCUUCUUUUAUUUGUUGUUUUAAUUUGGUGUUUGUUGACAUGGUGGGACGUUCAAGGCGUCGCCACACUGCAGGACAAAUGAAACUGCUGAAACUGUCCGUCUUAAGGAGAAAGAAAAGCCGCCAAUCCUGACAUUUAAGAAGCUGGAAGCAGCAAAUGUUGUCCACGUCUGCGUGAGAAAUGACUGAAACCAUUAAUCGAUCAGUCCGUCUUCUUUCCAUUGAUCAAUCAGCCCAUAUUUAAUGAUUUUUAUUUGUCUCAGCAUUAUGACUCCGAAUUUGUGACUUUAAGGGCCAAACUUUCGACUUCCUGUUUCACCAUUUUGACUCGUAUAGAAGUUGGUUUUUCACAGUUUCAAGAAGUCCGACUGUAAGCUCAGCUGAGACUGAAUCGCUUUUCGUGGUGCGGCGACUGAUGGUAACGUUGUUAAAGCACUAACAGACGUUUGUUAGGCGUGUGUACGGUUUGCUGUAAAUAAUCCUGUCCGAUAGCCGAGUGUUUCUCUCCGGUGGAUUUGAGCUUUCCUUUCACUCGUCGAAUGUCUUUCCCCCUCUGAUGUUAUCUUGUGUUACCGCCAUGUUUUUUCACUGAGGCAAACUAAAAGACAGAAGGGAAAGGAGGAGAUGGACGGCGACGAUCUGCCUCCUCCUGCCGUCAGGAGCCUUAAAUGUUUUGGUUUUUACUUUGUGUCCUCAGUUCAUCUCUCCGUCAUCAAACUAACAGGGAUUUGUUGUGUUUUUUUGUUCAAUGCCUUGAAAUUUGUGGAUCACGUGCCUUCCAGGUUGAAAUGUUGUAAUGACAAUGCAUCAAUGAAGAACUUGAACUCCCUUUUUUCUUUAACAUCCUGAGCAAACGUAAAAGCCCUGAUCACACACACACACACACACACACACACACACACACACACACACCAGACAGCAUCUAUGCACCACUCGGAGGAAGCCCGCCGGCUCCCGCCGCCGCCCACUCGGCGUUCGGCUUUUAUAAUGACUCAACAAACCAGACAGAAUGAUGUAGCAAAACCUCUUCUCUCCUUGUUUGUUUGUUUGUUUUUAAGUGUGAAGACUAUUUUGUGGCAUUUUUAUUUUUCACCAAGUGUUAGAUGUUUUUGCUUUUUUUGUGUAGUUUACUGGAAUAAUACAGCACUUUGCCAAAAAGAAAAAAAGGUGUAGGAAUUCUAGGGUUAAAUUUUUAUUUAUCGACAUAACUGGUCUCCUUCUUUGUAUUUUGGAUGUAUGACGGAUCAAUUCACUCUGUUCUGAUGUAAGAAAACAAAAACGAAACAAGCUAAUUAAAAGUGGGGUCAUCUGUUUUCGAACUGUAAUAGUUACUACAUGUGAUCUCUUAUUAGCCUUUAAUAAAUGUUUUCAUACACA